UUUGGUGCUCCAGAGUAACGGACCCGUCUGUAGUUUUCGUUUUUCAUGGAUUAACAAUGCAGGAAACAGCACUUUGCUCUGUCAGCUGACAUUAUGGAUAAAACACAGAGACUUGGAGAGCUGCUGUGACGCAUCUUAAAUUCACCGGACAGGAUUCAACACUGCUAGGCUCCCUGUGAAAGAGUUGCAGCCAUGGUGCAGGAGUACCAGUCCCCAGUUCGGGUCUACAAGCAUCCAUUUGAGCUGAUAAUGGCGGCCUAUGUGAGGAGGUUCCCAAAGUCCCACCUGAUCCCAGUGUUUGUAGGCAGUGAGAUCAUCAGCGAGAGCCAAAGCAAGGAUGGAUCCACAGUGGUAACUGAGAGGCGCUGUAUGAUCGACAUCGAGGCCCCACGGCUUCUUAAACGGAUUGCUGGUGUAGACUACCUGUACUUCAUCCAAAAGAACUCUCUAAAUCGCAGAGAAAGGACGCUGCACAUUGAGGUCCACAACGAGACCUUCUCCAACAGGGUCAUUGUCCGUGAGUGCUGCAACUACUCGGUUCAUCCAGAGAAUGAGGACUGGACGUGCUUUGAACAGACAGCUAGUCUGGAUAUUAAGUCCUUUUUUGGCUUUGAGAGCACGGCAGAGAAGAUAGCUAUGAAGCAGUAUGCUAGCAGCAUUAAAAAGGGUAAAGAAAUUAUCGAGUACUACCUCAACGAGCUGGAGAAAGAAGGAGUAACUUACAUACCUCGCUGGACCCCUCCUGUUGCCUCUGGCACGACCAGGCUCCAGCUGCCGCCCCGCUCCACUGCCAGAGCCAUCCCAGGGAGCAGUGCUAAGAAUGGACUGGACAGUAAAGACCCGGCGUGUUCUGCGGAGCUCGUGGCUGGCUCCCCCGACGACAAAUUGGACGCUGACUACAUCAGGCGUUACCUUGGUGAUUUAACGCCUCUGCAGGAGAGCUGUCUCAUCCGUCUGCGCCAGUGGCUCCAGGAAACCCACAAGGGCAAGAUUCCAAAGGACCAGCAUGUGCUGCGCUUCCUGAGGGCGCGGGAUUUCAACCUGGACAAGGCCAGAGAGUUCCUGUGCCAGUCGCUCACCUGGAGGAAGCAGCAUCAGGUAGACUUCCUGUUAGACACAUGGGAACGGCCACAACUGCUUCAGGACUAUUACACCGGAGGCUGGCACCACCACGACAGAGGUGGCCGCCCUCUGUAUAUCUUGCGUCUUGGGCAAAUGGACACAAAGGGUUUGGUGAGAGCCUUGGGAGAGGAGGUGCUACUGAGACAGGUCCUGUCCAUUAACGAAGAGGGACUGAGGCGGUGUGAAGAAAACACCAGAGUCUUCGGCAGACCCAUCAGCUGCUGGACGUGCCUGGUGGAUCUGGAGGGUCUUAACAUGCGUCACCUGUGGAGACCAGGUGUGAAGGCUCUGCUGAGGAUCAUCGAGGUGGUGGAGGCCAACUACCCCGAGACUCUGGGUCGCCUGCUCAUUCUGAGGGCGCCCAGAGUUUUCCCAGUGCUCUGGACCCUGGUCAGCCCUCUGAUCGAUGAGAAUACCCGCAAGAAGUUCCUUGUGUACGCUGGUAACGACUACCAGGAUCCGGGAGGACUGGUGGACUAUAUCGACAAAGAAAUUAUCCCUGACUUCUUGGGAGGGGACUGCAUGUGUGACAUCCCAGAGGGAGGUGUGGUCCCCAAAUCUCUGUACAGGACGGCAGAAGAGCUGGAGAGCGAGGAACACCGACUGCUGACUGACUCCAUCUAUAAGAGUGCCAGUAUUUUCAAGGGAGCACCAUAUGAGAUGCUCAUCGAGAUCACAGAAGCGUCCUCCGUCAUCACCUGGGACUUUGAUGUGUCUAAAGGAGAUGUCAUCUUCAAAAUCUACCAUUCCAAGAGGGCCCCACAGCCCCAGAAGAAAGAAACUCUCGGAGCCCAUGCAAUCACGUCUCUAGGGGCUGUUAACGCCCAGCUGAUUGACAGGAGCUGGGUGCUGGGGAAGGACUACAGCAUGGUGGAGAAAGCUCUCACCUGCAGGGAGGGAGAGAGCGUACAGGGCUCCCACGUUACACGCUGGCCCGGCUUCUACAUCCUCCAGUGGCGCUUCCACAGCUCCCCGGCUUGCUCCGCCUCCAGCCUGCCGCGUGUGGACGAUGUGCUGGCCUCGCUGCAGGUCUCCUCCCACAAGUGUAAGAUCAUGUACUACACCGAGGUGCUGGCGUCCCACGACUUCAGGGGAUCCAUGACCAGUCUGGAGUCGAGUCAUAGCGGUUUCUCCCAGCUCAGUGCUGCCACAACUUCAUCUAGCCAAUCAAACGCCAGCUCGUCCGUCUCAAGGUAGCAUUUGCCCAGCAGGUGUCAAAGACAGCAGUGCCCUUAAAUCUACUGACACAUACUCCGACUGUGCCUUAUGCCUCCACACACAGACAGCUUCACACUCUUAAAUGAGAAUUUGAUCGGACAGUUAAAGGUGAGGAGAGUGCCAUUGAAAUGUUUUUCAUAAAUAAAUGUUUUCAUCAUUAUUAUUAUUAUUAUUAUUAUUAUUAUUAUUAUUAUUAUAGUAGGGUCAGUAAAGGUUCAUGGAUCUCUGUUUCUAGGGAAUAAUGUAUUUAAAGUAUCAGUUCCCUGAGUUGUUUGUUAUUUUGUUUGAAUAAUAGUAGUGUAUAUUUUCACAGAUUCAAUGCACAGUGUGAAUGUCCCAUAUCUGAUUUGUAGUCACAGUAUAUGUGUGUCCAUAACAUCUGCUGUGCAUCUGCUGGAUCAGGAAAUGCAUAAUGAGAUGCCUGACAGACUGCACUGACAUCUUGUGGACAAUGAGAGCAGCUUCAGGGACAGAAGCCGUGUGCAUUGAGAUCAGCCACAACAUUAAAACCACUGACAGGUGAAGUGAAUAACAUUUGAUCAUGUCGUUAAAAUGCAGUGUUCUGCUGGGGAAACCUCGGGUCCUGGCAUUUAUGUGGGUGCCACUUGACAUGCAUCACCCACCCAGGUACACCCAGCACUCCCUGAUGGCAGUGGCCCCCGCAGCAGAGCAAUGCACCAUGCCACACCUUAAGAAUUCAUAGGAAACGACCCAAGGGAUGUGACAAAGAGCUCAAGGUGUCGACCUGGCCUUCAAAUUCCCCAGAUCCCAGUCUGAUCAAGCAUCCGUAGGACAUGCUGGUACCUCACCUUUGCACAGGACUCAAGGGAUUCAGCGCGCCAAAGAACGCCCCAGAGGUUCUUUGUCCAUGCCUUGACAGAGCCAAGUUCGAUAAAAGAAGGCCCAACUACGAAUCGGACUUGGUUCUUUGGCACCGGAUGCUCGAUCAGCUUGGGAUCAGGGGAAUUUAGAGGCCAGGUUGAUAGCUUGAGCUCUCUGUCACAAUCUUUGGAUCGCUCCUGAGCAGUUGUGGUGUAGCAUGGUGUAUUGUCCUGCUGGUGGAGCCACCGCCAUUGUAAAGUGUCGUUGCCAUGAGGGGUGUACUUGGUCUGCAAUGGUGUUUGGGUAGAUGGUGUGUGUCAAGUGGCAUCCCCAUAAAUGCCAGGUCCCAAGGUUUCCCAGCACAGACAUGGCCAAAGUCAGGCGUGGGGGCGAAUCGUAGCCCAGUACACAAGUAAGAUCACUCUACAUUUCCUCCGUUUACCUCACAACGGCAGGACUAUUAUACAGUUUGCAGACAUGCACCAAGUAGGAACUACGCAGGUGGAACUAAUGUGUUUUCUUUACGUAAACAGACGGUUAACAAGCAAACAAACUGUUACUUAAAAGCAAGACAUUUACUGCGAGGUAGCAGACAUGGCCUCGGCAAGGAACCAUUAAGUCGACAGGCAAGGCCGCCACUUUCAGGACCAGUGGAAAGUUAAUUACUUUUUCACUAGAAGAUGAAACAGUUCCUCAUGUCUCAUUUGUAUGGGAUUUUUUUUAAUAACCCAUACGAUGAGAGACGCAGCUGGCCCCCAGGUAUUUUCACAUUAUCUAAUCUGGCCCCUACUCAAAAAAGUUUGGACACCUCUGCGGUAGAAUAUUGCACUGUAACAAGAUGAUCAAUGUUACUCACUUCACCUAUCAGUGGUUUUAAUGCUGUGGCUCAUGUGUGUAUCUGUAAACUGCACACAGCUUCUGUCCCUGAAGUUGCUUUCAUCGUCCACAAGAUGUCAGUGCAUUCUGUGAUUUAACCGCUCUCAGAUCUGCAGUGCACUCGGCGCAUAGGUUUCCACUCUCACACUUCGUCUGGUCUUCUAAGAAAUCGAAACAAGAAUUGUUUAAAUAAAGAUUUUAUCACAAGCAUUAACGUUGAUGUUACUCCGAAGUGUGUGUGUCUUUAUAUUGAAUUUUAGGAAACAAUGACUGCAGUAACAGAGCUGCAGUGGGGUAGUAAUUCUGUGUAAUCGUAAAGAUGGCUUAUGAAUCAUUUUUACAGCAAUAGGUGAGAUGUUAAGAGCGAGCAGAUAAUGUGAAAUCUCUUUUAAAAUAUGCAGUGCACCGUCUAGAUUGCGUGUAAUGUUGUUUUUGGGCUUGUUAGGCGUAGCUGCUGAGUUUUCUGAGGCUGCUCAUUUGAAUGCAAUAUUGUGCAGCCCCUUGUGAUCUGGCACGGGGCCAAGCAGACAACUGAUUUACAUAAAACUUUAAUUUCCAUAAACUUAUCAGAUGCUUCCAGCUAAAGCUUAAUUGAAUUUCCCGGUAUUUUUAUUUCUUUUUUUUCUUCCUUCGUUUGUAAGCUUGUGUCAUGUUGUUGUUUAUCCCAACACAAUUCAAAGUCAUGUGGAUUGAGUUUUCUGAGGGGCUGAUUGAGCAGAAGCCUGACUUCCUGCUGGCAUGUCAGGGUUGUUAGAAAUUGGAAGUGUACUGACUUUGCCAGAAGCUUAUUUACUGAAUUACUCAGCUUGCUCUAAUGACCUCCCAAGACACACAUUGUCCACAUAAAUAGCAGCACCUCUUUCUCCUGAUACACCUGAUUUUCUAUUAAAACCUCCUCUUCCUGAGCAGUUAUGUGAUUUAAGACUGAAUUAUUUUACUGGCGUUCACAGGGGUGAAAAACAGCGCCUAUUAUACAGGUAACACCAGAGUUUGGUGAGUCAAUCGAAUACUCCUAAAUAAUGUAUCACAUUUUAUUGGAUGCAACCUUGUGAGGGAGAGGUGGUAGCUAGCUGACCUACAGUCACCGAGUGUUGAGGUGAUUUAUGGGUACAUUAUGAUUUAUGAAUAACAUCUAACGGAAAAUAAUUUAUCAGAGAUCUAAUGGUCAGAGGUUGAAGUUCAGAAACUGUAACAGAAUCGAUAUAAAAACACCAAACAGUCAACAAAAUGGGGCUUUGCAGGAAGUUUGUAGUUUUAAAAGUCUGCAAAUUCUAGGACAAUCCAUUCAAUUGUCGAGACAUUUCACUCAAAGCCAUAAAUGUCCCUGUCAUGGUGGCACUGGAGGCAAAGUUAGAAGAAAUUGCAUGGAUGUCCAGUGAGAAUGUUUUACACUCUUUUCCUAAAACCAGAUGGGUAAAUGUUUGGACAAACUCAAAAGUUUGCCUCCAUGGUGGAUAAGUACGGGCACAGUUAACCAUCUGACGAAAGUCAUAGCUACCAAUACCCAAAGAUACCAGCAACUUUAUAUGGCUGUGCAUCAAUCAUGGAAUAGGAGGUCAUCUUUGUAGUUUUUGUGGAUGUAUUUUGCCUCCUUUCUUUGACAAAUAAAGUGGAUCAAGGACCCGGUUGUUCAGAAGAAAUCGGAUUUUGGCUGUCAAAUUGGAUCAAAUCUUGAAAAUUGGCUGUUUAAAGAAAAAAAAAAGAUUCUGAAUUUGGAUUGUAUCAUAUAAUUUGGUCUUGUUUUUGAUCUGGAUCAAACCUUUAGUAUGUGUUAUUCAAAACUUUUUAGAACGAUUGGGAUACCUUUAAUCUCAAAAAUCAGGAUUACCCUGAUCCCGACGGAAGGCUGGAUUCAAGGAGGAUUUUGGGAACAUUCAUUCAUUCAUUCAUUUUCCAUAACCUCUUAUGACACUGGGAGAACAUGCAAACUCUGCACAGAAGGGCUCCCCCACCCCAGAGUUCAAACCCUCCAACCCUGGGUUUGAACCAGGAACCCUCUUGCUGUGAGGCAACAUUAAUAAAGGAGACAUUAGGCUGUAAUGGAAGGCUUCCUAUGAAUCUAGUCCAUCUUACUUCUGUGCUGGUUUUUAAAGCAACACUUGAUUGGAUCAUCCGGAUCCAGAUGCAUACUUUCCAAGAUUACAAAAUCCAGAUAACGAGUGCUCUUAAUGGUCUGGACCUCCAAGUCAAAGGCCAGGGUGCUUUGCCGGAAAACGAUGGAUUACCCCCUCCAGGUUGGAAGAGAGUUACUUUCCCAAACAAAGGAGUUCAAGUAUCUUGGGAUCUUGCUCAUUAGUGAGGAUAAAAUGGAGCGUGAGAUGGAUAGGCAGUUUGGUGUGGCGUCUGCAGUGAUGAGGGUGCUGUGCCGGACUGUUGUAUGAAGUGGGAGUUGAGCCAGUUGGCAAAGAUCGACCUAUGAUCAAGAGCUCUGGGUAGUGACCGAAAGACUGAGAUUGUGGAUACAAGCGACCAAUAUGAAUUUCCUCCGGAGGGUAGCUGGACUCAGGGUAAGGAGCUGGAGCCCCUUUACGUUGAAAGGAGUCAGUUGAGGUGUUCAGGGAUCUGAUCAGGAUGCCUCCUGGGCGCCUUCUCUUAGAUUGGUCCCAGGCAUGUCCAACUGGUAGGAGGCCUUAGGUUGACCUUGAUCAUGCUGGAGGGAUUACAUAUCUCAUCUGGCCUGGGAACGCCUUGGGGUCCCUCAGAAGGACCUUGAAAAUAUUGCUGGGGAGAGGGACAUCUGGAGUAAUCUGGAGAACUCACCCUGCUGCCCCGCGGCCCAGCCCUAGAUAAGAGGAUGAAAAUGGAUGGAUUGAUGGAUGGAUUUAACAGGAUAACAGAUGCCAAGGAAAUUAAAAUUCAGUGUGCAUAUUCAACAAAUAAAAUGUUUUGUUCAAUUCUGUUCCUGAAAUCCACCCUGAAUCCUCCUUUCUACUGGGAUCAGGACAACCUUGACAUUUUGACUCACAGCUAUCCCAAUUUUACCAACAAUUUUUGAACAACACAUACCGAGGUCUGAUCCAGAUCAUAUCCAAGAACAGAAGGUGAUCUAAUCUGAUUUAAGAAUUCUUGUUUUUCUUAUGAACCUGAGAUUUGGUCCAAUCUGAUUACCUCUGAACAACCUGGGAUUUGGUCCGCAGUUUAAUGAGUUAUGCUUGAAUUUCAGGAUUCCAUUUUGUAGUUAAUCAUGUGGAUAAUACUGCUGUCCAGGAGAGUUAUUCAUACAGAAAUCUCCCAGCAGAGAAGCAACAUUCUGACAUCUCAUCACUGUUAUCCUUUGGCUGCCCUGAGUACAGAUAUUAUAACAACAAGAUUAUGUGGAAUUUGUCUCCGAAGGAUGGGCCUGAAGAAGCUGCUCUCUUUCUCUAACCUGCCUCAUAAGCUGCUGGCUGAUCACUGAUAUGCGAGUCUGGAGAAGCAGCCAAUUUAAGAUUCUGAAUAAUAUUGCAACCAGGAACACUAGAUCUCUUAAUUCGUUGGUGAGCAAUGCAGGCGAUAGGAGGAGGGCUGCAUCAAUAAUGUGCUGCUGAAAUAGACCUCCUGUUACUGAUAUAAACACCCCCAGCCUUCAUUGGGAAUAUGUACAUGGUAAUGAAUCAUCUUCUCUCAGAAACACCAGAGGCGGGCAGGGGGAUACUCAGCAUGGGGCUGAUUUUGGGUGUUGUAUUUUUGUGUAUUUACAUCUCAUAAAUGGCAAAAGGUAGACAGGUUGUACUUGCAGAAUAAUGACUUGUGCACCAUUUCCCCAUAGCCUCUCACAGAUGCCAAGGUUGAAUAAUAAUCCUGAGACACAUUGGGCUUUCAAGUAACUCCAGUGUAAACUCAUCUGUGGCUGUAUUUGACACAAACUUAGGUCUCUAGUUUGUGGUUAUUAAGUUUUAUGUGAUUAUCCUAGAGGUCAUAAUAGGCAGAGGUGUGGACUGAGGUCACAUGACUCAAACUCAAGUCACAAAUUCGAUGACUUUAGACUCGACUUGACAAAAGAGCGUUAGCUGGAAAAAAAAUUGUUUGCAUACAAAAAUGGUGGUCAACAAACAUCAAAUUUCUGUAUGCAAAAUGUGUGGGUCUAAAUUUCAGAUGGAGACGCAACAACUUCCAACUUUGUUUCAUAUCUGUAGUUGCUUGAAGAACGUUAAGCUGAGGUUACCUGGUUACCUGUCUCAACAUAUAAAGCUUGUUGCAAGAGAUCUGGGUGUCAUGUUCCAUAGUAAUUUAUGUUUUAAACAAUAUAUCAAUAAGCUUGUCCAAUCAUGUUUUUAUCACCCCAGAAACAUUGCUAAAAUAAGAUUUAUUUUAACUUUGAGAGCUACAGAAACCCUUGUACAUGCUUGUCUCUCUUCACAUCUUGAUUAUUGCAUUAUUCCAGUCUCAAUUAAAAAGCCUUGCAACAACUACAGAUUGCUCUGAAAUCAGCCGCAAAGCUUGUAACCAAAACCAAGAAGCACGACCACAUUUUUUACAUUGGCUCCCUGUUUGUUUUAGGAUUGACUUUAAAAUCUUAUUGAUUAGUUUUAAGGCUCUCCAUGGCUCCAGAUUACAUUUCACACCUUUUGCAAGCAGGGCCCCGAGGCUCUGGAGUGACCUGCCCGAGGAUAUACGGCUGUCUGAGACACUGGCUUUGAUUAAGUCUCCUAAAAACGUAUUUCUAUUGGAAAGCAUAUCCUGAUUUUAUCCGAGCUGUCAGUCUAUUUUAUUGCUGUUUAACUGAUGUUUUUCCUCAUUUAUAAUCUUGAUUUUAGUUUUGGCCUUCCUUAUUUUAUCUCUUACUAGAUGACAUCUUAUGACAUGUUAUUUGUUUUAUUCUACUUGUGUUUAGCUUUAUUGUACAGCACUUUGUAACUGUGUUUCAGAUUACAAGAAAUACAGAGAAAUACAAAGCAAUUAAAAAGCAAUCAUGAUUUUUGUAAAUUUAUUAUAUUAUUGUUCUGUUGUUGAAAUGACAUUACAUUUGGUGAAGAGUGCAGUAUGACUUUACUGGAAAACCCAGAGUUUAAGAACUCUAUAUGGAUCCUGUGUAACUCACCAGAAACCUCUAUCCAGGGCAUACCCAGAGGAAACUGAAAGCUGUUCCAUAUUUACAUGCACAGUCUCAUUUAAAAUGUAACACUUAUGUUUUUCCCACAACAGUCAGAAUCACUAAGUUCUUUUGUCAUUGAGGUAUACAAGUUCCA